CAGCUAGGUCCCCCCCCCCCUAUUCAAAUGUUGAUGUAGGGCCCUGGCAGUCAGAGGCUCUUUAACACAAGUUAUGCAUAGUGCUAUUCUGUCACAGGAUGUUACAGAGUGUUAAUAUGGAAAGCCUGAAUGGCAAAGAGAAGGUCAAUGGGACAAAGUCAGUGGUUGAUGUAGAUGACAACAUCAUUGGGGAGCUUAUUUCCAAAUCACAGAAAGCUAAAGAUUUUGCGUACUGUCCGUACAGCAAGUUCAGAGUGGGAGCAGCAGUUUUAACUCCAAAUGGAAAGAUCUUUACAGGUUGCAAUGUGGAGAAUGCGUGUUACACCCUAGGAAUUUGUGCCGAAAAGACUGCCAUCUCAAAGGCCAUCUCAGAGGGGUAUAGAGAUUUCACGGCCAUUGCAAUUGCCAGUGAUCUCAAUGAACAAGUAAUUUCACCAUGCGGUGGGUGCAGGCAGUUCAUGAGAGAGUUUGGUGCCCAUUGGGACGUCUACAUGACAAAGCCUGAUGGAUCCUACUGUCAAAUAAGUGUUGAAGAGCUCCUUCCUGUGUCAUUUGGGCCUUCUGACUUGAAAGGGAAAAAGUGUGAAGCCUCUUGAAAUUAUUCAGAAUUGCAGAUAUAUGGACUUUAUUUUGAACUUGCCUUUGACUAUGGGCAAGUCUGAGAGCAUAUUUGAAUUUGCUCUGGCAGAUCUGAUGAGGACCCUCCCAUUCAAGCCAAUUUCUGAAUCACCAAAAACCCAGGAACCAACUGUUUAUUCUGUAUGAGACAGCUUUAGAUGACAGACACAGGUACAGCUCUCACAACACAGUCACUGAAUGCGCUGAUUGUGUCAGUAUCAAAUAACACAUAUAUUUUCUUUGAAAUUUAGUAACUGCAUUAAAAACCUUCAUUUACAACAAAUAUGUGUUUACUGUACUUCAAAAGGAUUUGGUGUUUAAUAUACCAACUUAAGUUUAACAUUACCACUAGUUGGGCCCCAUGGAAAUCAAAAGUGAACUGUGUCUAGACCAAUUCUCUUUAAUUUGGUGUCAGCAGGCUACAAAUGAAUGACUCCUACACUAAAUAUUGUGAUGUUAUGAGAUUAGUUCCCCCUAAAACCUUGGUGUUUAUAGGAUUUAGUUUAUCCUAAAUCCAUCCAAUGAAAAAAUUACUUUGGUAAAUUGGUAAUUGCUCAGUAACCCAAACUCGGAAAACCC